AUGGCAUCAAUCAUUCAUGAAAAACUUGUUGAAGCUAUUAAAGAAUUAGAUCGUAGUGGAAAUACUUUACCACCACCAAACAAAGAAUUAAUUGAACAAAUAAAAGAAGAAUUAAUUGGAUUUAAAGAAUCACAAGUAUUGAAUCCACGAAUGGUGUACGCUAAUGCACUUCGUCAACGACUAAAAGAUUUGUAUGAAAUUUAUUUGAGUGAACGAUUAAAACGGGUUGAAAAUAUUCGAUGGGAAAUUGGAACAGCACUUCCAGUAAAUAUACGUGCAUCAAUGACUAAUGACGAAAUUCAAUACUUUAAACAAUACUGUAAAAUUAUUGGAGAAUAUGGUGUUAACAGUGGAGUUGAUGUUGUGAGUGAUACUCUUUAUCCACCUAUUAAUAAUUAUAUUAAUGUUCGAGCAAAUACUACUAAAGGGAUGGAUGAUUUGCCACAAAAUCCAAGCAUUUAUACAACAAAUGGGUUAUUAAAAUUAGAUAAUAGUGAAGUUCAAUUUUAUGAUAUUAUGGUUAUUAUUGUUUUUGUCAUAAUAUCUAUUGUUUGUGUUCUGGUUACUCCACACCAUAUGGAUAUUCCACAAGAACGAGAAAAUGUGAAUGUUUUAUAUCCACUAGUUAGUUCUUCAGUACCAACAUGGGCAUGCAUUAUUAUUGGAUAUGUUCCACCUGUUUUGGUUAUUCUUUUAAUGACAAUAAAGAAAAAGUCAUCGUUAUUUCUUUUAUUUUCACUACUUUCAUUAGGUCUUUCUGCUUCAAUGUGUCUUGGUGUAACAAACAUGGGCAAAAUUUUUGCUGGUCGUCCUCGUCCUCAUUUUUAUGCAAGGAUUGAUGCUAAACCAAAUGAAAUCAAUGACGCUUAUAUGAGUUUCCCUUCUGGACAUUCAUCAGCCAUUUUUAAUGGAAUGACUUUCUUGGCGCUUCUUUUUGCUGGUCAACUCCAUGCCUUUAGUACUAGUCAUGAUUCAUGGAAAAUGUUAAUUGUUCUUUUGCCAUUUAUUAUUGCUGGGACUGUUGCAAUAAGUAGAACCCGUGAUUACCACCAUAAUUUUAGUGAUAUUAUUGCAGGUUCUUUAAUUGGUAUUUUCUUCGCUCUUUUAACUUAUUGCUCCAAAUUUAAAAGCUUGUCAGAUGAACAUUCUGACGAUUUAAAGAUUGAAGACGUUGUGAAAGGUCAAGAACCAGUCCCUCUUGAGGAUGAGGAAAAACAAUAA